ACUCUGACAGCUGAAAACCCCCAGAGCUCAUUUCUGAGCUCCCUUGCUUCUCAAGGGGAUAAAAAGGGCUCCAAAGCAGCUACUCAAAGCUUGUUUUUGCAAGGAGCUCUGGGUGAGCCAUGUCGUGGAUCAGGGAAGGUGAGCUGACCAUCAUUGAGAGGUUUUGUGCCAACAUCAUUAAGGCAGGUCCCAUGCCCAAGCACGUUGCCUUCAUCAUGGAUGGCAAUCGCCGCUACGCCCAGAAGUGCCACGUGGAGAGGCAGCAGGGGCACUCACAAGGCUUUGACAAACUGGCACAGACACUACGGUGGUGCUUAAACCUGGGCAUCCAGGAGGUGACAGUUUAUGCCUUUAGUAUUGAGAAUUUUAAACGUUCCAAGGAGGAGGUGGAUGGACUGAUGGAGCUGGCAAGACAGAAAUUCAGCCGCCUGCUUGAAGAACAGGAGAACCUGAAGAAGCACGGGGUGUGUAUCCGUGUCCUUGGGGAUCUGCCACUUCUGCCUUUGGAUAUUCAGGAGCUGAUUGCCCAAGCUGUGCUGGCAACUAGGAACUACAACAAGUGCUUUCUAAAUGUCUGCUUUGCAUACACAUCAAGACAUGAAAUCAGCAAUGCUGUCAGGGAGAUGGCAUGGGGGGUGGAACAAGGACUGCUGGAGCCCAGUGAUGUGUCUGAGUCAUUGCUUGAAAAGUGUCUGUACACCAACAACUCCCCUGACCCAGACCUCCUGAUUCGGACCUCUGGAGAGGUUCGGUUGAGUGACUUCUUGCUCUGGCAGACAUCCCAUUCAUGCCUGGUGUUUCAGUCUGUCUUGUGGCCAGAAUAUUCCUUUUGGAACUUGUGUGAGGCUAUCCUUCGGUUCCAGAUGAACUACAGUGCUUUACAGAAGGCCAGAAACUCCUACCUGGAGGAGAGGAGGCGUCAAGAGAUGGAAAAGGAUCAGGCUUAUGUGACAAAGAAGCUGCAGCAGGAGGGGUUUGCCUCCCACGGAGACUCCCGGCGCCGCCAGACGCUGUUGCAGAAAUGCACAGCCAUGAAGGAGGAGAGGAUCCAGGGCUUCCUCCAGGCACUGGAGCACAAGAGAGCAGACUUCUUUGAAAGAUUGUGUACGGUGUCUGCCUGACACAGGUGCUGGGGUGGUCUCGGGAAGACAAUAUUUAACUGUGUUAGAGGGAACAACUGCUGCCCAGAGGAGGUGACUCGGUGCGGUUCUGCUGUGGGGUUGCAGGGCUGCUCUGGGACUUCACGGCCCCACUGGCCCGGUCUGAGGGCUGUGAACCUUGCUGAUGCUCCUGGGGAAGGGAAUGCUGUCCUCCUGUCUUGCUGCCCUGCCCCUGAGGAAGGAGAACACCCCCUCCCAGAUGAUUACUGCUGCUUUAUGGGCCGGGGUGUUUCUGUGAGAAGUGUAUCUAAAAUGAGCUUCCAGUUUUGUUUUACUCCUCGUAACUUGGCCCAGGCAAACCCAGUUCAGUCUUGGUAGAUCAGCAUGGAUUUAUUCUUCCCAUGGCUUUGCAGGAGUGGAGAUUUCCUCUGCUUGUCCCAUAAGGGGACAAGGGAGAGGAUUAUUCCUGGUGUAUCAGGCAGCUCUGUGCUAAGCAGUGGUGAAGAGUUUCCCCACUCCCUCCUUCAUGGCAGCAUUUUAUCUUUUUCCCAUCUCGCUCUGCUGGAUUUGAUGUAUCUGCUCUUGGCUUUCAAAGAGCUGAAGUGAGAGCUUGUAAAGAAAAAAGAUACACCAAAGCUUCAUCAGGUCCUGUGGUCCCUUCUGAGCAGUGUUUGUGGGGAAAACCCAAAUGCUUGAGAUGAUGAAGUUGGCAUGGUCUGUGCUUGGGAAAGAGGCUCCAAGCAGGCAAGGAAUACUGAUUGGCUGGGAAUUAAUUUCAUGGUUUAAAAAGGACAAGUUGGCUAAAACCAGGUAAUGGAUGCAGUACACCAAAUCCCUCAGAGACCUUUUUAGAGCUAUGACUUAACAUCCUGUUUCCAGGGAAGGAGGGUGGGUUUGGUUCAGGAAUACAGUAGCCAAAACCAACCUCUGACCCCAGCCAAAAUGGCUGAGAAGGGCCCUUCAGCUGAGUGCCACGGGAGCAGCUGUGGAGUGCUGUUUGUUCCCUAUUUUCCAUCAGCAGGGAGAUGGACUUAGCUUAUUUCCAAGACUGUUUCCGUCCCCAUGGUCAAAAUAAUAGAAAAUGUCUUUUUUUGUUUUGGAUGUACAGGUGCAUCACUUAACAGCUAUUGCUGGUUUUAAAGCAAGGUUCCUUUUUACCUCCAGGUGAAAACAAGAAAAUGCAGAUUUAAAAAGACUUGUGAGUGCUGCAAACUCAGCAGCACUUUGAAUGUGAUUGUGCAGAGCAAACUGCAUUAUCAAAUUGUGAAUAAAGCAUCUUCAUACCAAUCUUUAUUUAACAAAAUAAG